CACUGCUUUCACAGCCACCAAAGGAAGACGGAGGCUGCAAGAACAUUGCAGACCAGAGUGGGAAGAGGGGCAGUGAGGAGUCGCUGCUCUCCCCACCCACUGCUCUCCCCAUCCCUGCGUUUUCUAUCUAGCCAGUUCUUUGUUGUCUCUCUUCAUCUGACUAGUUGACGGUUGCUACUGUCGUGUUUUGGGGGAAGAUGGACUGUGAAUGACAGCUGAACAGCUUACAGGAGCAGCAGUGUCUAGGAAGCUGUUCCUUGAAUAUUGACUGAGAAGAGAGGGCAGCGAAGGUGUUCAGGGGGUUGUGUUGAUUGUUUUCGUUUCCCUUCUCCUUCCACAUCUUCCCUGAUGGUUCCAGCCGGCCAGAGGGUUCGGAUGUCCCUGCCCAAGGAACUGCUCAUCUACUGUUUCAUCCUCGGGUUUUCCUUUCCCUUGAUGGUCUUGAUGAUUAUGAUCUAAAAUGGUUGUGGAGACUACCCCUCUCUAUUGCGGAGAGGCAGGAGGAACGAGCUCAGUUUUGCAGCCUCGGGUCUGGAUGACAGCAGCGGUGGUGGUGGCCUGAUCUCUCUCGGCACUAGGGGGGUGGGGUGGGGGACAAGAUGCACGACGGAGAAGCAGAUCUGGGGAUGUCUUCGAGCCUCGGUGGAGGAUUGAUGGUCUCUCUGCCCAGCUUUGUUGUUCAGGAUUGAUGAGGGGGGAUUGAUGAGGGGGGAGGGAGGUCGUGGUGGCACCCCUCGUUUUUUUCUUUCUUUCUUCAGGCCGGUUGAUUUCUAUGAAGUUGCUCCAUCAUUUGCAGGGUGUGGUUCUGCUUCGCCCCUAAACGGGGAGUAUCCCCAGGCAAGUGGAGGAGGGAAAACCAGCAGCAAGUGAACGGCUGCCCGACCGAUCGCCCACCCACCAAUAUAUUGAAAGUUGGCCGGCUGCUGCCUCACAGCAAUGGAGGGAGGUGAAGCAGCAGCCACACAUCUCUCCUCCUGAUGCCUUCCAGAUGUGCCAGGAGCAAUACUAUUAGCUGCUGAGGAUUUUUGCAACCAAUCCUGGUUUGGUUUCCCUGCCGCUAUGAAGCAGGUAGCGUUUGUUCCGCCUUUUCCAUCGCGGGGAUAACUCCACCACCUGCUGAACAGCCCUCCCCCUUUGGGGGGGCUGGUGGUGCAACAGCUGCUGUGUGUGUCUCUCUCUCUCUGGGAGCCGGUGGCAAGAGCCACCACUCUGCAACCUCUCGAGCGCGUUGCGUUAUUGCAGGGGGAGUGUGUCCUCGCCGGCUCGCCGUGCUACGGUGGGAGGGCCGGGGGGCAGGCUGAGAUGGGAGAGGGCAUGUCCAAAAGACUGAAGUUGCAACUGGGAGGCGAGGCGGAGAUGGAGGAGAGAUCGUUCAGCAACCCCUACCCGGACUACCAGCCCCAUGGAGCCGGUGCCUCGGCCAGCAGUGCUGCGCAGCCUUCCCCCAGCGACUCGGAGGGCAAGCGGAGCCGCUCGUCUUCGCCGGAGAGAGACGAUUCCCUCCCCUUCGACAGCGACGGGCAAAUCACCCCUUAUUUCAGUAGAAGGGUCACAACUAAAAUUAAGGAUCUGUUGCAGCAAAUGGAAGAAGGGCUAAAGACAGCAGAUCCUCAUGACUGCUCUACAUAUACUGGCUGGACAGGGAUAGCCCUCUUGUACCUUCAGCUGUACCGGGUGACCGAGGAGCCAAGCCACCUACAGCGAUCCCUUGAUUACGUGAAGAGAAUAUUACGCAAUUUGACUGGACGGAGGGUUACUUUUCUCUGUGGUGAUGCUGGACCCUUAGCAGUGGGAGCAGUGGUGUAUCACAAGCUGAAGAGUGACAGUGAAUCCAAGGAGUGUGUGACAAAACUUUUGCAACUCCAGAAAACAGUCGUCAGCACAGACUCCGAGCUUCCAGAUGAGCUGCUCUAUGGAAGAGCCGGUUACCUGUAUGCCUUGCUUUAUUUGAAUACUGAAAUUGGUCCUAACACUGUUCCGCAGUCUAUUAUCAAAGAGGUCGUGGAUUCCAUCAUUGAGUCGGGUAAAAACUUCUCCAGAGAAGAGCGCAAGACUGAACGCUGCCCAUUAUUGUAUCAGUGGCACCGGAAGCAAUAUGUUGGUGCAGCCCAUGGUGUGUCUGGGAUCUACUACAUGCUAAUGCAGCCAGCAUCCAAUGUGGAUCAGGAGACUUUGACCGAGCUGGUAAAGCCCAGCAUUGACUAUGUACGCCAUAAAAAAUUCCGCUCUGGGAAUUACCCGUCAUCUCUGAGCAAUGAAACGGAUAGGCUGGUGCAUUGGUGCCAUGGUGCCCCAGGAGUCAUCCAUAUGCUCAUGCAAGCAUACAAGAUUUUCAAAGAAGAUAAAUAUUUGAAGGAUGUCAUGGACUGCAGUGAUGUCAUUUGGCAGAGAGGACUACUGAGAAAAGGUUACGGAAUUUGCCAUGGGACUGCUGGCAAUGGCUACUCCUUCUUAUCCCUCUAUCACCUAACUCAGGAUAAAAAGUACCUCUACCGCGCUUGCAAGUUUGCAGAGUGGUGUCUAGAGUAUGGGGCGCAUGGGUGUCGCAUCCCUGACCGACCCUACUCACUUUUUGAAGGUAUGGCAGGAGCCAUCCAUUUCCUCUCUGACAUAAUCAUCCCUGAGAAGUCCCGCUUCCCAGCUUUUGAACUUGGUCCUCAAAAGAAAGAAAACAAAGAACACCACAACAGCUAAGUGGAAGGUGAAGGGGCUGUCAAAAGUAAGGAGACUGUUCAGUGCCUCAAGUCUACAGAACCAACUUUGGAGUCUAAGCAAAGAGACGCAUCGGUCUUCUUUCUCGCCUAUUCUCCCAAGGACUACUUUCCUCAUCACCUCAUGUAUGAGAGAAUUCCACACUUGGCUGUUCCAUGGAAGAGACACCUUUCGUGGCAGAGAGCAGUCUUAAGUUCAUUGGGGCUUUCCCUUUUGGUUUUCACAGUUGCGUCUUCAGAUCUUUCUAGUGUUUGCAUGUUUCUCGGUGUUGUAAGCGUGAAGUUUUUUCUGUUGUUGUUGUAAUGCUGCAAACUGUUCUGUGACAUCCAGUCUUGUUGGGUUUUCCCCCUGUGCAUGAUUGUAAUGGCAACAGCACUGCUCUGCAGCUGGGAGUGUGAGCCCACAAUGGGGACACUGUCCAUCUGCCACAAUAAACGAGGGAAAUGCAGCCAAGUGCUCAGAUUGGUUGAUCCUCUUAUAAGCUGACAAUCCCAAAGUCACUGAACACAAUGUUUGCGGGGGGUGCGGUGAAGUAUGGCAUCAAGCAGCUACAAAGUUAAGGACUUGUAAAUUUCACCUGUUGAAAUCAACGGGGCCUAAAAGUACUGGACUUCUGGCAGAAUCAUGCCCCAAGUUUCUCUUCCAAUGAGGUUUCCCCCACCCCCUUGUUUAGUUUUUGAUAUAUCCAAAGUGAAACAAAAGUCAUUGGUUUCAGUAGGAGAAGCUUAAACAAAUGUUGGAUUCUCCCAUUGAGGUUAGGGAGGCUAGGUUGUGCCCUGAGGUUUCAAGUGUAUUUCGUCGCCAAUAGCUGAACACGAUCUUUAUUUCCAUUUUGUCUGUGGCUGAUGUGAUACGCAGCAUUACAGAGCACCCGGGGGCCUGCAGCAGACUCCUAGGGCAGCCCCAACACUGUUCUGAAGCAGCAGUUGUGCAAGAUCUUAACAGCAUUGGGGGCUGCCUUGGAAGUCCGGCGCAGCGUUAUGGCUCCAUAUCACUGCGCAUCACGUCAGCCAGUACUCCCAGGGUACUUCUGAGAUAAGUUGUCUGAUAUAGAAAUGUUAACUGCAUUAAGACCUUUUAAUGCAAGGUGGCAGCAUUUCUGCCUGAAGCAGCUGACAGUGCUCUCAUUUUGCAGCCUGCUGGGCCCCAAUUCUGAGGAGCACCACCUCUCCAGUGCUGCUGCAUCACACAGAGCUGAUGGAGGCAGAGCUAUGAUGCCCAACUCAGCCCAGCUGUUCUGGGAAGUGGCUCACUAUUGCUUUUUAUGUUUCUCAGAUGGGGCUGAAGUACCCACUUAAAUAGAAGUGAAACUGUAGGUCCGCCUGCUGGGUGCCAUGGGGUGCCCCUCUUUCAUCCACUAAAACAGCAACACUUUCUUUGGCAUUUCACGUAUUAAGGAGCUGCACACUGAGUAUGUACUUCAUGCUGUAAGUUCUUGACAAGCUGAGUGUUCUUCUUUGCAUCUUACUGUUCCACAUCUUUUGAAAGAAACUGAGCAAAACAAAAUGUGAGUCCUAGGUGUGCCCUUUACUGGAGAGGUUUGGCUUAAAAUAAAGCCAGCCGUUUCCAGUCAUUGUGAGUUGAGAAAUGAGCACCACUUCCCAAAUGGGAAUGUUAAAGGUUAUUGUUUCAAAUUGUUCUGAAUUUGUGAUGCCUAUUGCACUGUUUUUUGCCAAGCAGGACUGUCUCAUAGGAAACAAGAGCCUUUUGUAAGAAGGGAUGGUGGAGGGGAAGCAGGGGAAAUCAGUUAUCACAAUGUUUUGCUGUUGCAAGUUGUUUUGCAAAUAAAUAAAUAAAUAAACAAAACAUGGAUGUGUUCUGAA